GGCGCAACAGGACAACGACCUGGACAAACCACCAUAUCCUCACAACCAAAGGCCAAGCCUCAGCUACCCGGCCAAGCAUGAAAGCGAAUAGCAACACCGUCCUGACGGUGGAAAACACCGUCCUCGUACCAUACAAAUCGGAGCAUGUGCCAAUAUAUCAUGAGUGGAUGAAGGACCCUUUCUUACAAGAAAUGACGGCUUCCGAGCCGCUGAGUAUUGAGGAAGAGUACGAGAUGCAGAAAAGCUGGGCGGUUGACGAGGCAAAAUGCACUUUCAUCAUAGUCUCCCCGGACUUCGAGAGCAAUCGAGUAGGCCGAUCGGCUACAUUCGGAGGAAUGAUAGGCGAUGUCAACCUCUACUGGAACGACCACGACGACCCACAUUCCGCCGAGAUCGAGGUUAUGAUCGCCGAAUCAUCAGCGCGAAGCACAGGCCACGGCAAACGCGCCCUAUUAGGAAUGAUGUCUUACGCGACCACCGAGUUGGAAACGACAUCAUUCGUCGCAAAGAUCUCGCAGUCGAAUGAUGCGUCGAUUGGACUGUUUACAAAGCUGGGGUUUGAAGUGCAAAGUGUGUCGGAGGUGUUUAAGGAGGUGACGAUGGUGGCGACGGCGGAGGCGCUAGCGGCGGUGGUGGGGAGUAUAGUGGUCGAGGUGGACGCGUUCGAAGGGUAGGACAUAGGGAGGACGGCGAGGGGCAGGAUGUAGUCCAUAGGUAUGUGAUUAUAAAGUUUAUGGGGAAAAUGGAGACGUAGGUGUCAGAGCUAUCAGAUGGUCGACGAACAAAUCCCCAUCCUCGGUAGCCAACGCCGUGGCCCAGCCGCCCAGAUGCCCGACAUCGAUUAGGUAGGCGUGAUGGAGGGUUCCCAUCACAAGGGGCAGCCAGCAAACGUCAGUUGGGAAAACUGUUACGGCAACUUAAUUCUCUCUGUAACACCAUGCUCAGCCUAGCGCGAGCAAGGCAGCAAAACCAUGAAACAUCUGAACAUGUCCAAACACUGAUGAGCUGACUGCCCUCGAUGCAUGUUGCCACAUAUCGCGGAGUAACGGCGAUCGGACUUGCGACGCGUGGCUCGUGGAAGCCCAGCUGCGCUUCUGGCUUAUGUCCGGGAGCUUCCUUCUCCUCCUUGCGCA